AUGGGCAAAAUCACGUUUUACUGCACAAUCUGUGCAGGCCCACUAUACGAAUGUGGGCUACGUAAGGCCUCAACAGCGCAACCUGGCGACGACGAAAAUAGUUUGUUUGAGGAUGACUGUGAAUGCUCGGGCCAGAGUGACGACGAAGAAGACCCCCUCAAACAUUCGCGGUAUUGCCCGUAUAGGGAGGGGUAUUGGGGUGACAUUCUGUCUGAGCGUGAUAUAGCUUGGCUUGCAGGAGUCCGGAUGCUACGCAUGCGAGGAGAAUACGAGCGAAACGAAGAUGAAUCUGAAUUGCCACAUGAAGACCACGGUUCUUGCUACCUGACACCGAUUGGCGAGUAUGACUCUUGGUUCGCCUUCUCGCUCCCUGGAACAAAUGAGAGCCUUUGGCCGAACCAAGAUGGGUUCGUGGUGCAUGAUGCGUGCUGGCAGCUGCUGCAGCUAGUGCACAAAGCUACAAAGCCGAGUCAACGACCGUUAGAUCUCCGUCGAAUCUAUCUUACCAUGAUGGCUCGUGUGAAAGACUGCAACGAUGUAUAUCUUGAGUGGCGUGACCCACGAUUAUAUGGCGGUACUACCGAGUUUACAAUGCAGGAGUGGGAGGCCCUCCCUGGUUAUGAGUGGCUGGUUGCAGACCCGUUAAAGGACAUUGAUUUUUUAGAGCUCGUUGAGAAAGCUACAUUGGUGGAGUCUAGAUCUCAGAAUCAGAAUGUAGCGAGAACCUCGAUACCCGCCGAUCCAUUUGCAAAACUUCCCAUCGAAGUGCGAUACAUGAUACUGGAACUAUUACCAUCAGAGUCAGUUCUCAAUCUCUUUUUAAGCAGUCACUCGUUUCGUGAGGCUUCUACGUGCCUACCCGGCGCUUUCUGGAGAUCUCGGAUCUAUACCGACACUCCAUGGAUUGAGGGAACAUCACUUUUUGAGACGGUGUCGAACCUAGACGAAAAGGUGGACUAUAAAACGCUCUUAUGCCUUCUCAAAGAAACCAGUGCCAGUCUCCCAGGAGGCAGGAACUCCCGAUAUGAAACCAAUCUGUCGUUAAAGAACCGCCGACGUAUCUGGACCUGCUGCGAAGGUAUCCUGGAUAUCCUGAGCCGCCGAACAAAAGAGUCCGGAUCCGUCUCGAGCGAACUGGAGUCCAUCACCAACUCUCAGGUUGGGCGUAUCCGCCACACAACCGGCAUGGAGAAUAGUACACUAAUAGAGAGCGAGACCUACUUUCGCCCAACCAUUUUAGAUCCACCGCUUCUCAGCAGCUUGACGGUGUACUUUUCAAAACAAAUGUCGAUUAUCGGAAUCGAGUGGCACUUAGAAGGUGAGGAAUCUGGUCGCCUCUUCGGGAAGAGGGCCACGGGCAUGCAGAGCAUUGCACUUCCCCCGGAUCUUCUCGUCACCGGUAUUGUGCUGUCACUGGGGCCUGAGUCGUUGAAAGAUUCGGACCGAAUGGCCUAUGGGUUGGGCAUCUUGUCUAUGGACAGCGUCGAUGAACCACGAAUUAAACUGGGGAGAUGGACGGAAAAUGAUAUCGUCAAAGUCUUCCGCCCUGCAGAGAACCAGCCCGCCGCAGCCGUCGUCGGCAUCACCGGCCAAUAUAGCGACAUUGGGAUAACAAAACUCGGCAUAUUAAUUGCCAAUAUGGAUAACUAG